CCUUGCAUACAGUAAUAAUAUAACGAGUCUCGCAACGGAUUAUUUUACGAGAUACCGACAUACAAGCGAAUGGUGAAUGACUAUGCUUUCAGUAAUUGAAGUUCUAUUUGCACUCGUGCUAGUUGGUGCAGGUUAUUGGUGGAUAAGUAAGAAAAGGUAUGAGAGAAAACUGAAAUGGAUACCGAAAGUACCGGGCCAUCCGAUAUUUGGGAAUGUUUUGGACUUUGCAAAGACUACAGACACUUUGAAGGUGCUGUCCAGCUAUCUGAAGCAAUGCAAUGGCUUGUGUUCAGUAGAUCUAAUAGUAAAGAAGAAAAUAGUAAUAAGCGACCUAAAACUCUUGGAGCUUCUUUUGACCUCAACAAACGAAUUCUUAAACAAGUCGGUAGAAUACAAAUUUUUACAGAGAUGGUUGGGGGACGGUCUACUAACAGCAAAAGACGAAAGGUGGAGGAAGAGUAGGAAAAUAAUAACUCCUGCCUUCCAUUUCUAUAUUCUGAGACAAUUCGUAAGUAUUUAUGAAACCAAUGCGGAUACCAUGAUAAAACUAUUGGAGAAAGAGGUUGGGAAAGAUUCGGUGGAUAUCUAUACAUACGUAACGCUGUGUACUUUGGAUAUAAUCUGUGAAACCUCGAUGGGAGUAAAGAUAAACGCACAGACAAACGGACAGUCAGAUUACGUUUUCGCGGUCAAAGAGAUGUGCAGGAUAACCGUAGAUCGCGGAUUUUCAGCCAUGAAGCGGUUAGAUCUACUGUAUGCUCUCACCAAAGAUUAUUACAAGGAGUUGAGAUAUGUAAAAACGUUACAUUCAUAUACCGAGUCUGUAAUUCGUGCUAGGAAGAAAUCGUUACUGAGCGAUCAUUCAAAAAAUGAUGUUCAAACUGAAGAAAAGCUGAAAAACGUUUACGGAGAAGAGUUGGGCGCCAAGAAAAAAAUGGCGUUCCUUGACUUACUCCUACAGGCUAGGUUGGAUGGAGAACCUUUACCUGAUCUAUAUAUCAGAGAGGAAGUCGACACUUUAAUGUUUGAGGGACAUGACACCACUGGUGCUGCAAUAAGCUUUGCUUUGUUUUGCUUAGCUGAAAAUCUGGAAGUCCAAGCACAAGCUGUCGAAGAGCAACGGACAAUAUUUGGGAAAGAUAGUAAUCGAGCUGUAACCUUCGAUGAUAUUCAAGCAAUGAAAUACUUGGAACUAGUCAUUAAAGAAACACUACGAAUAUAUCCAUCUGUACCGUUUUAUGCAAGGAACAGCGUCAGGGACAUCGAAUAUAAAGAUGGACAAAUCAUUCCAAAGGGAACAAGUUUGGUCAUUUACGCCUACGGAGUGAACAAUAACCCAGAAAUUUUCCCCAAUCCAGAAAAGUUCGAUCCAAUGAGAUUCGAGAAUAUGGAGAAGACAUCUCCAUUCGCUUAUCUGCCAUUCAGCGCUGGACCUCGCAAUUGCAUAGGGCAAAAGUUUGCGGUGCACGAGAUGAAAGCCGUAAUAUCCAAAGUUUUGAGGAACUUCGAGCUCUUACCAGCUUUCCCCAGACAUAAACCGUUAUUGGCCGCAGAAUCAGUUUUAAAAUCUGCAAAUGGGAUCAAGGUCCAACUAAAACCUAGGAAGUGGGAUUAGUUCGAUGUUAACUAAUCCAACUUCCACCCGUCAAGUAAACUUAAUUGUCAAUGAAAUCUAUGUCUCUCACUUUUUUACGCUGGUAGGAAAAUAAAUUCGAAAUAGAUAACAAUAUAAGGUUAUGCAGAUCAAUGUCAAUAACAAAGUAAACGCAAUGUAUUAUACCUACCUACUUUAUAUUAAUAUAUUAAUUAUGAAAGGAAUCUGAAAGAAUUUAUUUUUCAUUGCAAUUUCGCUGCCGGCUAUUCCGUUAGUUUGUACAGGGUUAGUCACUAUAAUCUGACAACUUAUUGUGAGUUUAUUAUUGAAA